AUGGAGGAAGGCAAAGCUGAUAAUGGAUUCCUAAGCGAAGUAACGGCAGAAACUACACAGCCAGUUGUUUCUGUACAGGAGAAGCAAACAGGAGAUCAUGAGAAAACUUUAAAGGCACAUAAGGAAGGCAAGCCUCAGAAAUUGCUGGAAAUGAACGGGCAUACAUCGGUGCCGCACUCCUACGACUAUGAUCUCAUUGUCAUUGGUGGGGGCUCAGGUGGUCUGGCAGCUGCCAAGGAGGCUGCCAAAUAUGAAAAGAAAGUGAUGGUACUGGACUUUGUCACGCCUACACCUCUGGGAAACUCAUGGGGUCUUGGAGGAACAUGUGUAAAUGUGGGCUGUAUACCUAAAAAAUUGAUGCACCAGGCAGCUUUACUAGGACAGGCCUUGCAAGAUUCACGCAAAUUUGGAUGGCAGUUUACAGAAGAAGUCAAACACAACUGGAUGACUAUGACAGAAUCUGUUCAGAAUUACAUUGGGUCACUGAACUGGGGCUAUCGGGUUGCACUGCGAGAGAAGAAGGUCACAUAUGAGAAUGCAUACGGAGAAUUUGUUGGGCCACACACAGUUAAGGCAACAAAUAAAAGAGGAGUUGAGAAGCUGUACACAGCUGAGAGAUUUCUCAUUGCCACUGGUGAACGGCCACGUUACCUGGGUAUACCGGGAGACAAGGAGUACUGCAUUAGUUCUGAUGAUCUUUUCUCUCUGCCUUACUGUCCAGGGAAAACCCUGGUGGUUGGAGCUUCCUAUGUGGCCUUGGAAUGUGCAGGAUUUCUUGCAGGUCUCGGAUUAGAUGUCACUGUGAUGGUGAGAUCCAUUCUCUUACGAGGAUUUGACCAGGAUAUUGCAAACAAAAUUGGUGAAUAUAUGGAGGAACAUGGAAUCAACUUUAUUCGGGAGUUUGUGCCGAUCAAGGUUGAGCAGAUUGAGGAAGGAACUCCUGGAAGACUGAAAGUUAUAGCCAAGUCCACAAAGGGGGACCAAAUAAUUGAAGGGGAAUACAAUACUCAGAACAUUUACAUCUUUUUUCUUGUUAUUUCAAAUUGCAGAACAGGAAAAAUUCCUGUCAGUGAUGAGGAGCAAACAAACGUGCCAUAUAUCUAUGCUGUUGGAGAUAUACUGCAGGACAAGCUGGAACUCACACCAGUGGCAAUCCAGGCAGGAAGAUUGUUAGUUCAAAGGCUUUAUGCUGGGGCAACCAGUAAGUGUGACUAUGUGAAUGUUCCAACCACUGUGUUCACUCCUUUGGAGUAUGGAGCCUGUGGGUAUUCUGAAGAGGCUGCGGUGGAGAAGUUUGGGGAGGAAAACAUUGAGGUGUACCAUAGUCAUUUCUGGCCACUGGAAUGGACUGUGCCAUCCAGAGACAACAACAAAUGCUAUGCGAAGAUAAUUUGCAAUAUUCAAGACAGCGAGAGGGUCAUUGGUUUCCAUGUCCUUGGUCCAAAUGCUGGAGAAGUCACCCAAGGGUUUGCAGCUGCGAUUAAGUGUGGGUUGACCAAAGAGCAGCUGGAUAGCACCAUAGGAAUUCACCCCGUCUGUGCAGAGAUAUUCACUACUCUUACUGUGACUAAGCGUUCUGGUGAAAGUACCCUUCAGGCUGGAUGCUGA